CAGUUCCUCGAACAUAAAUGACAUAUUCGUGCCCACAUGCUCAUAGCACGUUAUUCCAUUGCGGGCAAAUGUCAAGUAGAUGCAAAGUUAACGUGUCCCAUUCGCGUUGUACUGGGACCUGCACCGAGAUCCAAGGAUGGUGCUGUUGAAACGUGUCAUUCGCAAGGCGAGAACACCAAUCGUAGAAUUGCUCGCCGUCUGUGGUCCCCUUUCUCUUCCCCGUUACCGACCACUACACUUACGAAAAGUGUCGCAACUCAAAGUUUCAGCAGAUAAUCUGUGCUACGUCCACAGCCUGCCCGUCGGCGUAACCUGACAACUUGGGCGCGAUAUCAUGCAUCAAGAGAUCAAGUUCACGCCUUAUGGAAUUCCGUAUAUCGUGGGGUUCGGAAAUGUGUGUUGCAGAGCAGACACGAAGAAGGGACAAAACAGCUCCCGAGACGACGAUGAAAUUUCUAUCCAUGUCAAUCCUUUGCCUUUGAACCACGGCUGUAAACCGGCUUGCUCAGUCUACGACUCCCAUCGCUCAUCCAAUUCCUCCUUCAUCCAUAUAUCACAAUAUUUCACCGACGAAAUGCUGAUUGGUGAUGAGCCAACAGAGAACAAAUCAUCUCGAUCUCCCCUGGCUCGCGCUUGCUCGUUUUCCUUGUUCAAGAGUAAAUCCACUCGCCAUGCUCGCUCUAACACCCAUCUUUACACCUCGUCGCGGGCGCAGUCUCAAUCUCCACCUCUUCAGCGACCAAAAAUUUCUCCCAGUAAACGCGACGCGAAGCCACUACCUCCAAUGCCUCGCGUAGAUGACACCUCGGAAGAUGGGGGUGAAGAUAAGGAGAAGUUGGACGGACUAUACCUCCAGUUUACUCACCGGCAUGAGACGAAAGAAUCUCCGAGAAGCCGUCUGCUUCGCCUGCGGCAGACCAUAACUAAGGCUGUGAAGGUCGCAGGCAUGGACACUCCCAGUGGGCCUGAAACACGCCAGGCCUCCAACUCAGAUACCGCAGAGGCAAGAAAGAGCACACUGUACUGUGGUAGUUAUGGACAGAUGAUGGCUGCUCUCUCAGCGGGAGGUCUAACAUCAACUUCAUGCCCUGGGAAAGGGCUUCAAGGGGCAACACGUCUCGGCGCGCUCUUUGUAGCCCAUCGCCUCUCAGGAGGACGCAUAGAAAUGAGGAAGCUUACGCUUUGGGGCUGAGAACUGGUUCUCGCAGAAGCGAGAAGUCGCUCAGGACAUGCUAGAUGCAUGAAUGAGUGCAUGAAUGAGCCCGAUUCAGCCUGUUUCUUACUUUACUUCAAGCUGAUCCAACUUCUGGUUGUGUGCCUAGGUAUUUAU